AUAAAUACACACCUUUUGAUACUUCAUCCUUGUCGUGCCGUCACCAUGACCACCGAAGCGCUGGGCGUUAAAUUAAAUAAGAUAAAGUUAGAUUUGUUUGCUGGAGCUCAUCUGAAACCAGAGUUUCUUAAACUCAACCCACAACAUACAAUACCCACAUUGGUGGAUAACGGUUUCUCUAUUUGGGAAUCACGUGCUAUAAAUAUCUAUUUAGUCGAAAAAUACGGUAAAAAUGAUUCGUUAUAUCCGAAAUGCCCGAAGAAGCGCGCCCUCAUCAACCAACGUCUGUUCUUUGACGCCGGCACAUUGUACCAGGCGUUUUAUGAUGCCUAUGUAUUCAAAUAUGUGUUCAAAAAGCCUAUAGAUGCCGAAAAGAUCAAGAAAAUUGAUACAGCUUUUGAGUUCUUGAACACUUUCUUGGAAGGGCAUACUUAUGCUGCCGGAGAUACUUUGACUCUCGCUGAUCUCUCCUUGUUGGCCACAGUGUCAUCUUAUGACGUCGCCAAAUACGAUUUCAGUAAAUAUGCCAAUGUGGCCAGAUGGUACGAGAAUUUGAAGAAGACUGCACCAGGUUGGGAAGAAAACUGGGCGGGCUGUAUAGAAUAUGGGAAAUUACUGAACUGAUAUAUUUACAAUAUGUAAUGCAAAUGAAUAUUGUUAACAACUAUAUAUAUAUAUAUAUACUUAUAUACCACAUAUAAUAUGAGAAAGAAGCUGAUAAAUGUAAGCGGAAACAGUUGAUAUUCGUAAAUCAGUAAUGCGGUCUCAAAACAUUUAUUGA